UGAGAGUACCUUCAAUCCAAACAGAAACACUGGAAGCAGAGAUCGGAGCAAACAUUUUUGGUUGGUACCCCCAAAGUCGUCCUCUUCCUCUUCCUCUCUGCACCAAACCCAAUCCCUUUUCACUUCCUAUUUUUCCUCCAUCAAGCCCUAAAACCCUACUACACUCUCUCCUCUUUCUCUUCCUUCUCCAAUUUUUUAUUCUCUUCAAUUAGGGUUCUAUUCUGUACUUCCCAUUUUUCAGGAACAGCAAGCAAUUCAUUUCAUCUAAAUCCGAGUUGCUUUUUGUAAAUUUGACAGGAAGAGCAAUGGAUCACAGUUCAGGUGAGGACACAGACAUAAGUGAAUCCGAAAUCGAGGAGUAUGAAGACAAAGCUUAUGAAAAACUGAAGAGUGGUAGUCAUCAGGUCAAAUUAUCAGAUGAAAUGUUCAGUUGUCCCUAUUGUCCGAAGAUAAGAAAACGAUAUAAGGAACUCUUGCAACAUGCUACUUCCGUGGGCAAUUGUAAUUCACAAAAACGAAGUGCAAGAGACAAGGCAAAUCAUCUAGCAUUGGUAAAAUACUUGGAAAAGGAUUUAGGGGUUGGUCCUGGUUCUGGUCCAUCACAACCUGUGACUGAGUCUGAUGCCCUUGCAGAUUGUGACCGUGAUGAGAUGUUUGUGUGGCCAUGGAUUGGAAUUGUGGUUAAUCUCCAAACUGAAUGGAAGGAUGGGCGAUAUGUGGGGCAAAGUGGUUCCAAGCUGCGGGACCAGUUGAUAAGAAGAGGGUUCAAUCCAAUAAGAGUUCAUCCGCUGUGGAAUUUUCGAGGUCACUCAGGAAGUGCUGUUGUGGAAUUUAAUAAAGACUGGUCUGGUUUUAACAAUGCCAUGUCAUUUGAGAAGGCUUAUGAGGCAGAUCAUCAUGGGAAAAAGGAUUGGAAUGCUGCAUCUAAAGAUCGAGGGUCUGAUCUCUAUGCUUGGGUUGCUCGGGCGGAUGACUACAAUUCUACCGGCAUUAUUGGGGAACAUCUUCGCAAGACUGGAGACCUUAGAACCAUUUCUGAUCUCAUGGCGGAGGAGGCUCAGAAAACAAGUAAACUUGUAUCUAAUUUGACAAACUUAAUCGAGGUCAAAAAUAGGAAUUUGGUAGAGAUGGAGAGCAAAUUCUCUGAGACUUCAAACUCUCUUAACAAAUUAAUGGAGGAGAAAGACAGGCUCCAUCAAUCUUAUAAUGAAGAGAUAAAAAAGAUUCAGUUGAGUGCACGAGAACAUUUCCAGAAGAUUUUCAAUGAUCAUGAAAAGCUUAAGUUGCAACUGGAAUCUCAAAAGGGGGAGCUUGAGCUGCGUGGAAAAGAAUUGGAGAAACGUGAUGUCCAAAGUGAAAAUGAAAGGAGAAAGCUCUCUGAAGAGAUUGAAAAGAAUGCCAUAAAAAAUAGUUCGCUUCAGAUGGCAGCUAUGGAGCAACAGAAAGCUGAUGAAAAUGUUUUGAAAUUGGCUGAGGAUCAGAAGAGACAAAAAGAGGAUCUCCACACAAGAAUAAUUCAACUGGAAAAACAGCUGGAUGCGAAACAAGCACUUGAGCUUGAAAUUGAGCAACUGAGAGGGACAUUGAAUGUUAUGAAUCACAUGGUUGACGAUGGUGAUUUGGAAGUCCUUAAAAAGGUUGAGGGAAUGCACAAAAUGUUGAGAGAAAAGGAAGGAGAUUUUGAUGAUUUAGAAGCAUUGAAUCAAACUCUAAUAGUGAAGGAGCGGCUUAGCAAUGAUGAGCUGCAGGAAGCUCGUAAAGAGUUGAUUAAUGGCUUGAAAGAAAUGCCAAAAAUUGAUAAUAUUGGUGUUAAGAGGAUGGGAGAACUUGACAAUAAACCUUUCCAUGAAGCAAUGAAGCGGAAGUACAGUGCCGCAGAAGCAGAAGAGAGAGCUAUGGAACUAUGCUCGUUGUGGGAUGAGUAUCUUCGUGAUCCUGAAUGGCAUCCUUUUAAAGUCGUCACCGUUAAUGGGAAAUCUCAGGGAGUAAUUGACACGGAGGAUGAAAAACUGAAAGGUAUGAAGAAUGAAUUUGGUGAAGAAGUAUACGAUGCCGUCACAAUGGCUUUGACGGAGAUAAAUGAAUACAACCCAAGUGGAAGGUACAUAACCUCGGAGCUGUGGAACUACUUCAAAGGGAGGAAAGCGACAUUGCAGGAGGGUGUUGCUGUCUUACUGAAUUUGUAUAAACGCAGGAAGCCGGCUGUCUGAUGGUCGGAAUGUAUUUUAUGUCAUGAAGUGUGGUGUGUUUGUGUCUGUAUCGCUGCAACAUAGACUGACAAUGUGGGGAGGGAAGGGGAUUGGGGAUCGGUUGACGUAAUGAGUUAUGAAUUGCUAUAUGAAGAACCCACUAAAACAAGUGGAUUUAGGGUUUGGGUUGUAGUGAUGAUUAAACUCCUAAUAAUAAACCAAUGAACUUCGUUUCAUGGAUC